GAGUCUUCAGAUGAGGAAAGAAGCAAACCUGUAGAUCUUGAUAUGUGUGCUAAAGAAGUGAACCAGAUGCACGAUGAUUGCAUUCAAAGACCAGUGGUAAUGGCAAGUUGUGAUGGAGACAGCAUUUCUGAACCAGGUAUAUCAUGGUAUUUUUUUUAGGCUAACUGUACUAACUGUAGAGGAUUGCCUAACUGUCACACCUUGCUUUUUACUAUUAAAUAGGGGUUUCCCAUUUAUGACUAUGGCUCAUUUGUCAGUUAACAGUAAACAAGGCAAUGCAUUGGCUAAAAAGUAGCAAAUAAUACAAUUUUCUUUGCUUCUUUCCUUAUUAUUCUAAAUGAAACAGCAGAUAAACAAGCUCUAGAUAAGCUUAUCUCAACAAAUGAGUGCAAAAUUUCACAUUGGUAUGCUACAAUUGGACACAUUUAUACAUUAUAGGAUGACAUUUGAAAUAAUUUUUUUACAUGUUCAAUUUAUUUAUGCUAUUUAUUAUUUUGAGUUUUGUUUUAGGUCUUGAAUAGGAGUCUUUACUUAGUGGGUAACUACUAUAUGUAUUAGAACAGAAAUAAAGUUAUUAUUACGACAUUUAUUACUAUUUAAAUCAAGAGUUUCAAACAGUUUUUUGUGGUUUGUAUAAACAGUUAUGUUGCCUCUAUAUGAUAGGUCACCCAGUGUCUACCCAAACUGUCUUAGAAGAGACAUUCUUGCCAAGUCAACCAUCAUUUCUUUUCAUGUUAUGGGGAGCACUUAUGGACAUGUUCUUGUUUGGCCAAAUUUUAACACAAAUUGCUUCUUUGUCAACUCUUUGUCGCGAGCGGAAUAGAACCAUUUCAGGUCAUACCGACAUAUUACCCUGGAGAGGAACCUCCUCAGGAAGAGAAUGUAGAACAGAAGGCAGAAGCCCAAGAAGAACACACUAGUUCGAGGAUGGGAAACACCAUGUUCGUGCGGUGCUUGUGUGCUUAUGCGCUUAUGCCAGUGGCAAAUGAAUGUCACUGCUGC